CCUCGUGGCAGCAGCGGCAAGAUGGCGGCGGCGGCGGCGGCGGAGCCGGCGGCGCCCGCCCGCCCGCUGCCCUGCGCAGAGAUCCCCUCCUUCGCCGUGGCCCGCGGCCUGGUGGGGCGUCGCUACUCCUGCCUCGUGGUGACGCCCCACCGCCGGCACAUCGCCCUGGCGCCGCGCUUCCUGGGCCGCAAGCGCACGGGCAUCCGCGCCCAGCUGGACGCCGAGCUCCUGCGCUACUCGGAGAGUCUUCAAGGUGUGCCGGUGGCUUAUGACAACAUCAAAGUAGUGGGUGACCUCGGGGACAUUUACGACGACCAAGGAUUCAUCCACCUGAACAUUGAGGCAGACUUUGUCAUCUUCAGUCCCAAGAAAGGGAAGAAACUGGUGGGUGUAAUUAAUAAAGUAGCUCCUAGUCAUAUUGGAUGUCUGAUACAUGGAUGCUUCAAUGCUUCUAUCCCUAAACCUGAACAAAUGUCAGUUGUACAGUGGCAAGAGUUGGGAUUAAAAAUAGGAGAUGAAUUGAAAUUUCAAGUAUUGCACUUAGAUUCUGAUGCAGCUGGAGUGUUCUUCAUUCGUGGAGGACUGACUAAAAGCAGCUUGCAACCCAAAAGAUCCAAGGUGGUUACUGAUGAUACAACUGGGGAUGAAAUUCAAGAGCUUGAACACAACAAAAAUGGUGUGAUUCUCUCUAGGGGAGAAAGUGUCACAGAGGAGCCUCUGGAUGAUACAGAUAAUACUGUGAGGGAAAAUACAGGAGAGCAAAUGGUUGAUGCUGUGAAUAGAAUAUAUGAGGAUAAAAACAAGAAGAAGAAAAAGAAAAAGCAUAAGCAGGAAGAACAAGAGCAUGUAUUGCCUACCAGUGACUCUAGUGGUUAUCAAAGUGACCAUAAGUCCAAAAAAAAGAAAAGGAAGCAUUGUGAUGAAGCUGAAGAAAUACAAUUAUCUCAAAUGUUAAAAGAACCCAAAGCUAAAAAGAGAAAGGACUAAAUUCUGAAGUGCCUUUCUUGAAUAAGAUUUCAGUCAUUUUUGGUAAACUUCAAAUAAAACCAUAUUUUCAAAA